AUGUUUAGUAAAAGAGUAUUAAUUUGCACCAUAAUAGCAAGGAGAAGAAAAGUAAAGAAACGGAAUGAGUCCAACCAGUUUCCAUCAGUUGGUGUCUUUGGUAGGCCCACUAAUAAAAAAGAAAGACACGCAACUGAGAAUUGCUGUUCCUGUAGAGGAAACAUUAAGUGUAACACUAAGGUACUUGGCCUCCGGAGUUUCAACUCACUCUCAUAUCAAUAUUUGCGUGGAGCAUCCACAAUAAGAGAAAUUGUGGCAACAACAUGUGCGCAACUGUGGAGUAUUCUUCAACCUUUAUUUAUGCCAAGUAAAGAAGAACAGGAUUGGAUUGAAAUUGCUGAUGAAUUUUACCGACGUACAAAUUUUCCAAACGUAAUCGGUGCAGUAGACGGAAAACAUCCGAAUGAUACAACCACAGCAUUCCGGAACUUCGUAUUUUAAUUAUAAAAAGUUUUUUUCUUGUGUAUUAAUGGCGUGGGUCGAUGCAGAUUAUAAGUUUGUAGCUAUCGAUGUCGGUUCCUUUGGAACAUGUAGUGAUUCAGAGAUAUUUAAAAACUCUAAUAUUGGUAGACGCUUAGUUGCAAACCAGCUAAAUAUCCCUGAUGGAAGAAAGCUACCUAAUGAUGAAAACGGAACCAUAACGCCAUUUUAUUUAGUAGGCGACGAAGCACUCGGACUUUCAAAUCACAUUUUACGCCCCUAUGCAAGAAAAAAUUUAAAUUGUACUAAACGAAUAGAGCUCGUCGCAUGGUUGAAUGUAACAUUCGGGAUUUUGGCCAACAAAUGGCGUAUUUUUCACCGACCAAUUGAUGUGAAUAUUGAUUUCUGUGUUAAUAUAAUAAAAGCGUGUUGUGUAUUGCACAAUUAUGUUCGUAUAAAAGACGGAAUUAAAAUCCAAGAUCUUUGUUAUCACUACCCCUUAGAUGGCUUAACAAUCCAAGAAAACAUGCGAGGAAAAAAUAAUAUCAGUGGACAAAAUGUUCGUCAUUAUUUAUCAUCAUAUUUUAUUUCACCGCAAGGCUGUAUUUCUUACCAAUAUGACAAAGUAUGAAUAUAUGUCUGUAGAAACGUUCUACGCUUUUGAAUACACUAAUAUUUUAUUACACUUACCUUCUUUUGUUUUGUUUUCUUUGCUAAGUUCUCCCCAUCUAGGAACGACGGCUUCACAAACUUCAUCCCACAACUUCCUUUUUAAAUUAAUAUCGGAAUAUUCUUUUAAACUUUUUUUGUAUUGUACUCUCCACUUCCUCAAUUAUUUUUUCAAUUUCGUCCUGUACCGCCAUUUUGGAUAAUACAAAUUCGAACAAACCAAAACAAAUAAUGUCUUAAAUCAAACAAGAGGCGACUUGUUAAUCGGUGUGUAUGUGUAGUCACAUAAUCUGUGAUGCUAAAUAUUAUAUGCUAUUUGAUAGUUUAAUCGGCCGAUUUUCAAUCGGCAAGUCUACGCAUUUUCAUUAUAUAUCCAUUGCCAAACCGACCAAACUAUCGGCCGAUGAAAAAUCUGCAAUGUGCGCUCUGUGUAAAAAUAAUUUGUCGGCUAACUAUCGGCCGACUGCGUAAUCAGUGUUGGCUAACUAACAUGACGAUUGUUUAGCCGGUCGAUAGUUCAGUUCGCCCCGAGUUUCAAGUAAUUUGGAAUGCAUUGUGUAAAAUCUUCCACUAACUAAUCUAUCACUGAGAAUGGGAUGCAUCCAAUAUUCUCCGAAUCUCUUCUAGAUUUUGCUUCUCCGUUGUAUGAGAGCAAUAAUAACAUUUCUGGAAAAUAUUGUAUAUUUUGCCGAGGUGAACAGUUGAUCAGCAAGUGACAUUUUUGUGUUGUCUGCAACGUUGGCUAUAAUGAAUCGAAUGUAAGUUUAGCAAAAAAUUGUUAGUAGUGUUUUUUAUUUUGUAUGCAAAUGAACUUUUCUAAAUAAAAGAGCUUUUAGCAAGUACAAAAUGAAUCUGUAGCGUACAAAAAACCAAAAUAAAAUAUGACUUUGUCCACCUGGCAUUGACGGAUUCGUCAGAAUUAUGUGUCCUUUGCCGAUAUGGGGAAUUUUGAAUUAUUACCAGAUAACCAGCUGUCAUUGUACCAUGAUGGAUACUCGUGAAAUAGAGUAUUCUUCAACAGUCAGAUCGGAAUAGUCGGCGUCGGCCGGCUCUUGGCUAGUCUGCGCACUCUUCACCAACCAAACUACUUAGUUGGCUUGGUGUGCCAAAAAGCAGCGCGAUCCGAGUAAACUAUCGGCCGAUAGAAAGUCUGCGUCUGCGGGGGCCCUUAAACUGAGGUGGUUUGAUUUCGAAAGGCAAAUAUGGGGCAAACUCAAGGCUCGUCGCCUGAAAGAAGGAAUGAAACCUCCACGGAAAGCGGCGAUUUUGCAUCAAUAUAUGCUAUCGGUGCUGUCAUGAUAUUCAGAAUUUGAAAGCACCGAUUCUAAAGACGUACGACUGUAGGAUCAAUUUAGAUAUUUUUCACAAUUUUCUAUUUCUUAAUACUCCUGUAAUGAUAGCAGAAUGGUGUUUACUUUGCCCGAGUCUUCUCCAAAACUGGAAAUGUGCUACCUUAAAUCAGCAGCCAAACAUGUGUUCUAUUCAGCGAAAAAAAUGUUUAAUGAUAAAUGGCUAAUUAUAUGCACAAAUGUAUGUGUAUCUGCCAGCAACCAUCCUGAAUAUUUCCGGACUUUUACUUAAUGAUGAUAGCCGUCUGUAAUUGACGUGAUGAUGUGCAAGUGUGCAUACAGAAAUAACGUACACGAGAUCUAAAGCUUAAGUUAUGUUUUUUGGCAAUCUUGGACCAAACUAUCAGCCGAUGAAAAAUCUGCAAUGUGCGCUCUGUCUAAAAAUAAUUGGUCGGCUAACUAUCGACCGACUGCGUAAUCAGUGUUGGCUAACUAACAUGACGAUUGUUUAGCCGGUCGAUAGUUCAGUUCGCCCCGAGUUUCAAGAAAUUUGGAAUGCAUUGUGUAAAAUUUUCCACUAACUAAUCUAUCACUGAGAAUGGGAUGCAUUCAAUAUUCUCGGAAUCUCUUCUAGAUUUUUCUUCUCCGUUGUAUGAGAGCA